AUGCCCCCAAAACAGGUCAAGGGUGAAGAUGCCGAAUCUUUGAUCCUAAACUACCUAAAUGAAAACUAUAAACCUUUCGCCAUCAACGAUAUCGUCCAAAACUUACACAGCCAGGUGUCCAAAACAAACGCCCUCAAGGCCCUAGAGGCCCUCUCAGCUAGUCACAGGAUUAACUGCAAGCAGUUUGGCAAAAUAUCCAUCUAUAUCAGAAACGAAAUUGAUUUGGAAGAAAACGUCGGCGGCAAAGAGUACACAUUCGAAGAUAUACAGGAGUUGAAUGAGGAAUACGCCAAGAUAACGUCCGAUCGCCAUGCGUGGGAAAACAAGACGUCGGCUUUGCUUCAAGAACCAUCUAAUGUAGAGCUAGACGCAAAAAUCAAGGAACUCGAACGGAAAGUUAAAGAGCUUAAAAGUAGCAUCGAGUAUUUACAAAAGACCCCUGAGGAUUCCGCUGAAAACGACUUGGUCAAGUUUAUUCAGGAUAGCCGUGCCAUGGUAGAGAAAGAAAUCAGGGCAAGAAGAAGAAUAUGGAAAUCGUGUGUCCAACUAAUCAAGCAUGGCAUCCAGCCAAAGGAUGUAAACGAGUUCUUAGUAAGUUGCUAA